AAAGAAAUAGUUGUUUGCUGCAUUUGUUAUCGUUCAGUUCGUAGUAAAAUUUAUUAAUUUUAAUAACAUUAAGAACAAUUGUGAUUUCGAAUUUGUGCCGUUCUGGAGAGUGUAAAAAAAUAGAAACAAGUCAAACAAUAAUGACUUUUAUUAAAAUAUUGACAAGUAUUUUACUACUUGCAACAAUUAUUGGAUGUGGAAAUGCGUACAACAUUCUUGGAGUUUUCCCAACUAUGGCCCGAUCGCACUUCUUUGUCGGAAGUGCUCUAAUGAAGGGGCUUGCCGAAAAGGGUCAUGAUGUGACAGUUGUUUCACCGUUUCCAGCUAAAAAACCAAUAAAGAACUAUCAUGAUGUUGUAACACCAAAUAUUCUGGAAUUAUGGAAAGCUCGUGCAGACAAUAUUAUAAAUUUACGGGACCAAAGCAUCAUUCAGGGUUUCUUAGGAAUUUUUGAUAUGGGAAUUUUAAUCACCAAUAGUACAUUAGGAGAGUCUUCACUAAAACAGCUAAUGGCUUCGGGAAAAAAGUUUGACGUUGUAGUGUGUGAGGUUUUUGUCAGCGAAGCACUUUUUGGUCUUGCUGAGCAUUUCAAUGCACCACUCAUUGGUUUGAGUACUUUUGGUGCCACCCAGUGGAACACUGACUUGGUGGGAUCACCAUCACCGCCAUCAUAUGUGCCCAAUCCAUUCCUGCCACUUACUCAUCGAAUGUCACUUUUAGGCCGGAUUUCCAAUUUAGCAGUAAAUACUAUUGAAACAGUAUUCUUCCAUACGUUAUACAUGCCAAGACAACGUGAACUUUUCAAUCGAUACUUCCCAAAAUCAAAAAUGGGAUUAGACCAAAUUCGCAAGAACACUGCUUUGGUUUUACUGAACGCCCACGUUUCGCUUGGGUUUCCACGACCAUACAUGCCAAAUAUGAUCGAAGUCGGAGGCAUGCACAUAGAUCGAAAGCAAAAGCCUUUACCAGCUGAAAUGAAGAAGUUCUUAGAUUCAGCUAAGGAUGGUGCCAUUUACUUCUCAAUGGGUUCGAAUCUGAAAAGUGCCUUGCUACCAGCUGAAAAACGUGAUGCUAUCCUUAAAACGUUUAAGUCGCUCAAACAAAAAGUUAUGUGGAAGUUCGAGGAUCAAAACUUACCCGGAAAGAGUGACAAUGUAUUUAUUAGCGAUUGGUUCCCUCAGCAAGAUAUCUUGGCUCAUCCUAAUGUCAAAUUAUUCAUCACUCAUGGGGGACUGCUAAGUACGACUGAGUCGAUUUUCCUUAGCAAGCCCUUCAUUGGAGUUCCUAUGUUCGGAGAUCAAUACUUAAAUAUGGCCCGUGCUGAAACUGGUGGCUAUGGUAUUAUGGUUGACUAUAAUGAUCUCACUCAGGAAACAUUCACUGCUGCAAUUAAUAAAAUGCUAAAUGACAAAUCAUACGAACAACGUGCUAAGGACAUCUCUGAAAAAUAUCGUGACCAACCAUUGGAACCUUUGGCUUUGGCUACAUACUGGGUGGAAUAUGUGGCUAGACAUAAAGGAGCGCCACAUCUGCGUUCGGCAGGACAAGAUCUUAACUUUAUUCAAUAUCACAAUCUUGAUGCUAUCGUUAUUUUGUUCGGUGGACUUACGUUAGUUUUAGUUGCAUUAUUGACGAUAUUAUUUAAGCUUAUAGCUUUGUUCCUUGCUCCUAGAAAGAAAACAGUGAAAAGGAAGAGGAAUUAAAUGAGAUAACUGUGUGCGUAUACAUGUCAAUUUCAUACCUAGUAUUAUUUAUUUUAAGUAACUUAGGAUUGCCUAUAAAUAAAAACAAAAACAUGGAAAUAUAUUCUUUUUUUAUUUAAAGUGCAAGUGAAUUAAUAUAAUAUAACUUACAAGGCUGCAUUCAAACUCGUGUUGGAUAGGCUACCUUGGAUAUGUAGAAAUUAUUGUUAAAUAAAAUGUUUAAAAGAUAAUUUUAA